CCAGCAGGAGAUGCCCAAGACAACGACUACGUCUCCCGCACCUGCCAGAAGCAAGGUCCUAUCCCAGUGCAAUCUGACAAUGAUACCGUCGACGACCCGACCGAUGGCGCGACUACGGAUAGUGAUGAGCAGCUAGGUAUGUCUCCUCUUCUCUUCUUACUCCCCUUUGCGCUCUUGUUCCCUCCUGCAUCGGAAAAGGCUCGAGACGACGACGAAGCAAUUGACUCGUCUAAUAUCGUAGAUGGGCGGACCGGAGGCGCGAAGCCUUCAGGCGGGUACCGCGAGCCUGGCGAUGAGGAGGGCUUG